GAAACAGUAUAGCGACGUUAUUAAAGUAAAAAUGUAUGCAGAUUACAGAAGCAUCCAAGAUCAUCGAUAAUGACAACUACAUGCACUCCAAAAUCAGCUAGGGAUCUACGAUAUCAGAAAUACCUGUCCAAAUACCGAAGCCUUCACUCAAGCAAGCAUGACAACUCUGUGCAACAUGGAGAGUGGUGAUGGUGGAUGGACAGUGCUAGUGAAGAGGACACCAGACGUUGAUGAGAGAGAGUUUACUUUUAUUAGUCGUCCUUGCGUCGAUUAUGAGGAUGGAUUCAGGAACCUGAGUAGCGAGUUCUGGUACGGACUAAAGUCGAGAGCGUCGAAGUUGAAUUGAGAAAGACUGAUGACACAAAAAAAGUUAUUUCGUAUGGUGACUUUAAAGUGGAUGGACCUAGUACAAGCUACACAAAAAUGAGACAUCAAUCCCUGUAAACAAUUUUACAAUUAAUGAUCCAGUACAUACCAGAAGCCACACUGGCACACACAGUGAUAUACAUUAAACCUUCUACAAGUUUAUGAUCCAUACUAGUAGCCACACUGGCGCUAAUAUAGUGAGACAGCAGGUAUGUACAAAUCUGAAACAGGUUUUUCGUGCAUGCAUGCAUGCUUCUAUAAAAGGACCAGACACACACACACCAACAGCAAAAACAUCAAUGUCAACAUAUCAACUAAGAGCAAAGAAGAUGAAGCUACAACUGGCAGUUCUCCUCAUCUCUGUAUUGUUGGAGGGAUCUACAGCAAUACUGAGCGUUGGCAACUGCUUGACAAGGUUCGAGGAAUCACUCAAGAAGAUUACGGACGAGAAAAAAUACUGCGUGGAUGCUAACGUUCAAGACUGCUGCCAAAUGGCAGAAGCAUCCAAGAUCAUCGAUAAUGGCAACUACACUCCAAAAUCAGGGAUCUACGAUAUCAGAAAUACCUGUUCAAGUACUGGAACCUUCACUCAAGCAAACCUUCUCUUUAUGAAAACUCUGUGCAACAUGGAGAGUGGUGAUGGUGGAUGGACAGUGCUAAUAAAGAGGACACCAGACGUUGAUGAGAGAGUUUCAUUCAAAAGGCCGUGGGUGGAAUAUGAGAAUGGAUUUGGGGACCUGAGUGGCGAGUUCUGGUAUGGACUAAAGAAAAUGCACUGUCUUACGAGUCGACAAGGGUCAAUGGAGGUCGAAAUUGAAUUGAGAAAGACUGAUGGCACAAAACUAGUUCUUUCGUAUGGUAGCUUUAAAGUGGAUGGACCUGAUACAAGCUACACACUGCAUGUGUCGGAUAAAAAAUAUGAGGGUUUUGAUUUUCUUCUAGCUCAUAAUGGAAUGAAAUUCUCCACGCUUGAUCAAGAUAAUGACAAGAAAAAGAGUUAUAGUUGUUCACAACAUUACAACGGAGGCGGGUUCUGGUUUAAUCGGUGCUACAGCAUGCAUCUCACUGACAUGCCUAACCCUCAGCUUUAUUAUAGUCGUACCACUACCGCUUAUGAUUAUGCUGAGCUACGAGUGCGUCCCAAAACUUGCACACCUCUUAUUGGUGCAUGAUGAUCCUGAUAGUCGUGAGUAAGAAAAAGGAAAAUAAUCGAACAUUACAAUUUUGUGAACUUUGUUGUAGAUAUAAUUAUAGAUACUGAAUCAGAGGACUAAUUAGUGUGUGUAAUUAUGGAUGUGUAGAAACAUCCAAACUGAACUUUAGCAAAUCAAAGAAGAUG